AUGAGUAAGAAAUUAGGUCAGGGUAUAGGUCUACACUCACAGACGAAGCAAGUAAUUGCAAACGUAUAUAAUUACUUAGAGAGACUAGCAGAUAGUGGAGCUGCUGUAAACUUGAAGUCAAUCCAGAAAACAGUAUGUGAAGCUACAGGAAUCGGCCGUACUGCACUGAAUGAAAUUAUUCGAAAAGAAAGGAGCUUAGAAGAGGGCGCUUCCAUUGACUCACCGACCAAGAAGCGUAAGAAGGAGAAACCUGUAACGGAAAGUGGUCCACGAGCAAUUAUUGUACAUGGUGGUGGUAAGCAAGGUUUUGUGGAGAAAGCUUUGCUUAUGUUUAAACCAGGCAGAAAAACAGGAGACUACCACCACCUGAAGAGUUCUGGAAACUUUGAGAAGUGGAUCCGGGAAAAAUUAAUUCCAAACUUGCCUCCAAGAACGGUGAUCGUAAUUGACAGUGCAAGUUACCGUAAUAUUGAAGUAAAGAGAGCGCCAACUUCAAAUACCAAAAUAUCCUCAUCUCGUACAGCGAGGGCCUCUACGCUGUUUUACGUCACUGCUCUACUCGCCUUCCUGCAGACGAACACACACGUGCAUGGACUCCUCAAGGCUCCAGAGUAUGACUUCAUCAUUGUUGGUGGCGGCGCUGCGGGCUGUGUAUUGGCUAACCGCCUGUCGGAAGUUCCGGAUUGGAAUGUGCUGCUAAUAGAGGCGGGAGGAGAAGAGAACUUCAUACAGGAUAUCCCGCUCAUACCAUUUGUCUUGGAAUACACACCCGCAGACUGGAAAUAUAGGACAGAGAGGUCAAAUUCGUCUUGCUUUGGGUCGAAAUUUGGUCUCUGUCAUUGGCCUCGAGGAAGAGUUCUGGGUGGAACAACUGUUCUCAAUUAUAUGAUAUACUCCAGAGGCAUUCGCGCAGAUUAUGACGGGUGGGAGGCUCUAGGGAACACGGGAUGGGGGUACGAUGAUAUCUUGCCCUAUUUUCUGAAGUCCGAGCACAUGACAAUCCCAUCAUUAGCCAAUGAUACCAAGUACCACUCCACCAAAGGAGAACUUGUAAUCACAUAUCCUAUUCAUCGCACAAAACUGGCAGAGGCAUUUAUUAAUGCGGGUCUCCAGAGAGGAUACAAUUACGUGGAUUACAAUGCAGAGAGUGAAAUAGGCUACUCUUACCUGCAGACCACAAUAAAAGACGCGAGGCGUUGGAGUGCUUAUCGUGCAUUUCUUGAGCCUGUAAGAACCAGAAAGAAUUUGCACGUCGCGACACACAGCCUGGUCACUAAAGUCCUUAUUGACGAGAACACUCGGGUUGCUUACGGAGUAGAGUACAAGAAAUGGGGGUUGCUUCCCGUCCAGGCUAGAGCCAGGAAGGAAGUGAUCCUCAGUGCAGGAGCCAUAAAUUCUCCACAGCUGCUCAUGCUGUCAGGUAUUGGCCCAAGUGAUCACCUCCAAGAAGUACAGAUUAAAGUUAUCCAAGAUUCUAAGGUCGGUUAUAAUCUUCAGGAUCACGUAACACUUGGUAAUUUGUACUUCACUCUCAACCAGUCGGUUGGUUUACGCUUCGACAAUAUUUUUGACGAUCUUGUAGGUGUGGUUGAGUACUUCUUGAAGAGGGACGGAAUUCUGACAAUUCCUGGAGGAACUGAGGCCUUUGGAUUUGAGAAUGUGGGAGAUUUUGGUAACGGAGAACAGACAAUCGAAUUGCUUUUCGCCGCAAGCACUCUGGCAAAUUUACAUUUAGCUUGGCAUUCUUGGGGGGCAAGAACGGAUAUUUUGUUUGAAUCUUACUUACCUCUCCAUAACAAAGAUGCCUUCACAAUUUUCCCCAUACUUAUUCGACCCUACAGUCGUGGUAGGAUUUUACUGAAGAACAAGAAUCCUUGUACCCAUCCACUCAUUGAUGCCAACUAUUUCUCCGAUCGCAGGGAUAUUGAGAUCAUUAUUAAGGGCAUCAGAAGAGCUUCUGAGUUGACGAAAACAGAUGCUUUGCAGAAGUAUGGCGCUGAACUCUACAGAAAGACCAUACUGCCAUGCAAAGACCACGAGUUCGACUCGGACGCUUUCUGGGAAUGUAACAUACGAUACAUGACUUUUACAAUAUUCCACCCUGUGGGGACCUGCAAAAUGGGCAAUGAUUCUGAUCCAGACGCAGUUGUGGAUCGUGCUUUGCGUGUGAGGGGAGUUAAACAGCUUCGAGUGUCGGACGCUUCCAUCAUGCCAACUGUCCCAUCGGGCCACACAAUGGCGCCAGUUUACAUGAUAGCCGAGAAGACGGCAGACCUCAUUAAGGCGGACUGGUUAAAGUGAUAAGUUGACUCUGUCUUACGAAAAGGGUUAGGAUAAAUUUGUGCGUACUGUUUUCAUAUCAAAAUACACAUUAAUUAGAUCUCGUAGGUAUUUGCUCCCUCUUAAUUCGUCCGAAUUUUGUAGUAAAUCACUGUUUGUCCCAAUUUAGCAUUACCUGAAUGAAGGGGAAAGUCAUUAUCCAAUGCUUAAUCAAAAUUAUUGAUGAAAGGGCCAAUUCGAAUGUAAUGAAAUUAAUAAGCAGACCGGUUCCCGCUAGUGAAGUUUGAGAGAGCUUUGCAGUUCUUGAGGGUCGUGUUGGUUGGUAUUCAUCUGUCAAUGUGAUAAUGAAAGUUUAACUUCCAUAACAGAAAGCCGUUCCCCAACAGGUCCCGCGUCUACAUAAUGCUAAAGGCAGACUACCUUACUUAAUUUUUUAUAUAAGUAAGCCUCGAAUGUCCUUACUGCUACACUUUUGAGUGUGAACGCUUGAAAGAAUUUUUAAUAUUUGAAUAUAUUUUAGUUCCGUUUUCUUUUUAACCCCAGGCUCAGAAGUAUAAAUGUUCCAAAUAUAUGUUGGUCUGAUGAUCAUCUGUUGACUCUGUUUUAAAAUUCAAAUCCAGCUACAGAAUUGUGCGAUUUAAUCACUCCAAAAUUCAGUGCAAAUUAAUAGCACAACGUAACCACUCCAACUCAAUGUUCUUAAAUGUGUGUUGUGCUUGAGGUUCUAAUGUAAUAAAUAAAGGGCUUCCGAAUUCCAAUUUUUUUUCUCACUUUAUUUCUUAGGGAAGAGUUUUGAAUGUUUUUAAGUGUGUCAGAGAACUUGAAAGUGCCACAACUAACAAUCUCAUAUAUUCUGAUCCAGAAAAUGUUUACGCAGGAUCUGCAUAUCAACAUAUCACUUACUUUAGUGUACAUUCAUAUCAUUAUGUUAAGCACCGUGCUGUACUUGUGCACGCACCACUGUAAACUUGUGUGAAAUAUAAGC